GAAUAUAAAAUAAGUUUGGUUUGUCUCUGCCUUUCUUCUCUCUAUUCGCCUCUCUCUAUCGCUUCUAGCUGUAUGUAGAACUACAACAACAUAUAUUCCAAACCUCUCUCUUUCCUUUUCUCCCUUCUUCAUUACCCUAUUUAUUUUCAUCCACCCCUUCUUCUUCUUCUUCUUCUUCUUCUUCAUAUAUAUACUUAUCUCCACUCAUUACAUUAAUCUUCUUCACUCUGUAAAACCAUGGGAUUCUCUCAAAUGGCUUCUCUCUUGUUGUGCUUUACCCUUUUUCUUUUAGCUUCUGCCUCUUCCAGAAAUUUGCCUAUUAUACCCUUUGAUGAAGGCUACACACCUUUGUUUGGUGAUAAUAACGUUUUCGUUCAUACAGAUGGCAAAUCGGUUCAUCUUUCACUCGAUGAAAGAACAGGUUCUGGAUUUGUGUCUCAUGAUCUUUACCUUCAUGGCUAUUUCAGUGCUUCCAUUAAGUUACCUGCUGACUACACUGCUGGAGUUGUGGUUGCUUUUUAUAUGUCAAAUGGUGACAUGUAUGAGAAGAACCAUGAUGAAAUAGACUUUGAGUUUUUGGGAAACAUUAGAGGCAAAGACUGGAGGAUUCAGACUAAUGUUUAUGGCAAUGGAAGUACCAGCAUUGGCAGAGAAGAAAGAUAUGGUCUCUGGUUUGAUCCUGCUGAGGAUUUUCAUCAGUACAGUAUUCUCUGGACAGAUUCUCUUAUUAUAUUUUAUGUGGAUAAUAUUCCUAUUCGUGAAGUUACGCGAACAGAAUCUAUGGGAGGAGACUUCCCCGCCAAGCCUAUGACUCUCUAUGCUACAAUAUGGGAUGCAUCCGAUUGGGCUACCAAUGGUGGAAAAUACAGAGUAAAUUACAAAUAUGCACCAUAUAUUGCUAAGUUCUCCGACCUUGUCCUACAUGGGUGUGCGGUCGAUCCAAUCGAGCAUGUUGCCAAGUGUGACACUGCUUCAGAUUCCAAAUCCGUUCCUUCUGGUGUUACACCAGUACAAAGAAUCAAAAUGGAGAACUUCAGGAAGAAGCACAUGACAUACUCUUAUUGUUACGACAAAAUCAGAUACAAAGCCCCUCCAUCCGAGUGUGCAAUCAAUCCUCAAGAAGCCGAAAGGCUUAGAAAAUUCGACCCUGUUACGUUUGGUAGUGGUCGUCAUCGUCAUGGAAAACGACACCAUCACAACCGAGGAAGCCAGGCAGAAGCUGUUUCAUUCUAAGAAGGUUCCAUACGAAGAUUAUUAUCAUCGCUGAUUCGGUUAUCGAUUACCUGGGUUAUUUUUUCUUUUCCUUUCUUUGUGAUGUAUAGAGAGAAAGGAGCACAGAAUUCAUGAAUAUGAUAGUUUUGAUAUGGUUCCUUUUGGUGGGGGGUAUGUAUAUAGUUCAUACCUUUAGGUUCCCAGGUAUUUUUGUUAUUCAUGUCUUGCACUUUACAAAUUAAAUCUGUUGAUUCCUGUAUUUAUAUUUAGACCAUACCUCAGGCUCAGGGUUUCAAUAAAUUAUUAUUUUAGCUUGAGUUA